CAUAACCAUAUUUCAAAAUGCCCCACAUUUCCUCAUCUCUUCUAUCCUCUAUCCUUCCAAUUACUUCCACUUGAUCAUAUUUUUAUUCCUUUAUUUUCUUCUUCUUUUCUCAAUAAACCCAUAAACAAACAUAAUUCCUCUUUUUUUUCAUAUUUAUUUUCCAUAAAUUUAUAUACUUUUUAAAACCCUUUUUAAAUUUCCAUGGCAAUAUUAGAAUUUUCUACUUUUUAUAAAAAUCAACUUAAUCAUAAACCAUGCCAAAUUCCUUCAUAUUUAUCUUCAAGUUUUUCUCAUAGUAGGAAAUUGAAUCUUAAGUUACUUCCUAAUGUUUCUAGGGCUAAAAUUACUUCUGGGAUUUGCUGUUCUAUUGCUCCCAAUGAAAUUCAAAAUCCUGUUGUUACUCCAACUGACAGUACCAAAAGUAAGCCUGAAUGCUAUGGAGUUUUUUGCUGGACUUAUGAUUUAAAAGCAGAGGAGAAGACCAAAUCAUGGAAAAAGAUGACAACCGUUGCUGUUUCAGGUGCAGCUGGGAUGAUAUCAAACCAUCUGUUGUUCAAAAUUGCUUCAGGUGAAGUUUUUGGGCCCGAUCAACCAAUUUGUCUGAAACUACUUGGCUCCGAAAGGUCAUUUCAAGCUCUAGAAGGAGUAGCUAUGGAACUUGAGGACUCAUUAUAUCCACUGUUGAGAGAAGUUAGCAUCGGCAUUGAUCCUUACGAAGUAUUUGAAGAUGCUGAAUGGGUCCUUCUAAUCGGGGCUAAGCCUCGUGGGCCUGGUAUGGAACGAGCUGCCUUAUUGGACAUAAAUGGAAGGAUAUAUGCUGAACAAGGAAAAGCACUGAAUGCCGUGGCCUCACGCAACGUCAAAGUCAUUGUGGUCGGAAAUCCUUGCAACACCAAUGCGCUGAUCUGCUUGAAAAAUGCACCGGAUAUACCCGCCAAGAAUUUCCACGCAUUGACUAGAUUAGAUGAGAACCGAGCUAAGUGUCAGCUGGCUCUAAAAGCAGGUGUGUUCUAUGACAAGGUAUCUAAUAUGACCAUUUGGGGAAACCACUCAACCACUCAGGUUCCAGAUUUCCUAAAUGCUAAAAUUGAUGGGAAACCUGUCAAAGAGGUCAUUAAGGACCAAAGGUGGUUAGAAGAGGAAUUCACCGAGAAGAUUCAAAAGAGAGGAGGAACACUAAUUCAGAAAUGGGGUAGAUCUUCUGCAGCAUCAACUGCUGUAUCAAUUGCUGAUGCCAUAAAAUCUCUUAUCACCCCAACUCCACCGGGCGACUGGUUUUCUUCUGCGGUGUAUACAAAUGGCAAUCCAUAUGGUAUCGCUGAGGAUAUUGUUUUCAGUAUGCCGUGCAGAUCAAAGGGUGAUGGUGAUUACGAGCUUGUCGAGGAAGUGAUCUUCGAUGAUUAUCUUCGCAAGCGAAUCAAAAAGACCGAAGAGGAGUUAUUAGCAGAAAAACGAUGCACGGCACACCUUAUCGGAGAGGGUAUUGCUGUUUGUGAUCUGCCCGCCGGCGACACAAUGCUUCCAGGAGAAAUGUAGAUUUAGUGUAUUUUGAUACCCACCAAUCCAUAUCUACUCGGUGAAAACUUGUUUACUUCCAUAUGUAUAAUUGACCUUAGUAGAGAAUUUUUUAUUAUGCUAUAAUGCAAUAUUUUAUUUAAAUACUAUUUGGACCUUUGAUUGAGGAAUAAUAUGAUGAUUAGAAAGUUAUUUACUCUCUAAA